UUGUACAGAUUUACUCGGUACCUUCAUGGCUUGAUAGAAGUUUGUGAUAUUAGAUACAUUUCACUUGUUUUGCUCUCGCAGCGCAAGCGAAAAAUCGUUGUGUACACCGAUAGCGAUGAAAGGAAUCGUGUCAAUGGUGCAUAUAUCUUGGCAUCUUACUUGAUAAUUUAUCAUGGAAUGACAGCCGAUGCUGCCUACCUACGCCUAGAAGCAGCUCAACCUCCGAAGUUCAUUGGUUUUCGAGAUGCUGCCUUGGGCGAGCCGACCUAUCUGCUGCAUCUGCAUGAUGUUCUUAGGGCCGUUGAAAAGGGUCUUUACCAUAAAUGGUUUGACAUCAACACUUUCGAUGCGGAAGAGUACGAGUUGUACGAGCGCGUGGAAAAUGGCGAUAUGAACUGGAUUAUUCCCGGGAAGAUUUUGAGUUUUUGUGGUCCUCACAAUGAGUCGCGAAUAGAAGAUGGAUAUCCGUACCACUCACCAGAGACCUACUUUGACUAUUUUCGUAACUCAAAAAUUACAACAAUUGUUCGAUUGAACAUGAGGAUGUAUGAUGCUAAAAAGUUCACAGAUGCCGGGUUUCAACAUGUGGACCUAUUUUUCAUCGACGGAAGUACGCCUUCUGAAGAUAUUGUAGAAAAAUUUAUCCGCGUUGUCGACAAUGCCAAAGGAGGAGUUGCAGUCCACUGCAAAGCAGGUCUCGGAAGGACUGGAACUUUGAUUGCUUGCUGGAUGAUGAAGGAGUUUGGUUUGAACGCAGCCGAGUGCAUGGCAUGGUUGCGGAUAUGCAGGCCUGGGAGCGUUAUAGGACCACAACAAGAAUUUCUCGUAUCGAUGCAAAAAUUCUGCUGGUCCAUGUCACAGAACAGUGUUGUUCAAAAAGCACGACGCAGUAAUGGCCAAGAAGCAGGUUCUGAGAAAAAAUCGGUGGGAAAACUUGUGUCGAAGGUGGAUGAAAUUCGCCUUUCACAAGCUAUUCAGAAUGGAUUAGAUGGG